AUGGGAACUCCGACGAAAAGAUUCGAUGCGAAGCAGGAACAUAUGCUUGGAUUCAGGAGCACUGUCGCGACAUUCCUAUUCCUCGACUAUACGGCUUCGCCACCUCUGAUGGAGAAAGUUUCACACAUGUCGACGAACUCCCUCCGCUGA